AUGAGGAGAUUCAUCAUGCAAGAACCAUUUUUAGAAGCUUGUGAGGCACUAACAGAGGUCGAAAAUAAUGACCGACCCAGAAAAGUCAUCACCUUUUUUCAUAACCUCCGAGGUUUUGAUGGUAACUUUGUUCUAGAAGCACUAUAUGAUCAAGGUCGUGCUGCGGAGAAUCCCUUAACCCAGGGGGCCAAAAUUUUAUAUUUUGAAAGCGGUGACCUCAUUUUUAAAGAAAGCUUCAAUUUCUUUGCCAUGCCCUUGGAAAGAUUUCCAGCUGCAUUUAAUCUAACAGAGCUUCACAAGGGGUUCUUCCCGCAUGCCUUCAAUCGCCAAGAAAAUUUUAAUUAUUCAGGAAGUUACCCCCCAAUGGCAGAGUACGACCCAGAUGGGAUGAAUGAUAAGAAAAGAGAAGAGUUUAUGACGUGGUACCAGCAGAAAGUAGAGAGUAACGCCACCUUCAAUUUUCAAGAGGAGUUAUUAGCCUACUGUGAAAGUGACGUGAAACUUCUCAAAGAAGGUUGCCUUAAAUUCGUGAGAGAAUUUAAAGAUAUCGCUGGCUUUUACCCCCUUAUUCAAUCCGUGACCAUCGCCUCAGCGUGCAACUACUUCUGGGGCAAGGAAAAACUGGAAGAAAACCUCAUUGCCCUCGAGCCUCUAGGAGGAUGGCAUGGGAACCAUAUCAACCAAAGUACCAUCGCUCUGGAAUGGAUGUAUUAUAAAGACCAUUUGCUG